AUGGUCUAUUACUUCACCUCCAACGUGGUCGAACCCUCAGCCUUCGUCUAUGUCGGCAAGGACAAAUUCGAGAACGAGGACUUGAUCAAACAUGGCUGGGAGGAGGACUUUCACGUCGACAAGUUGUCUAGCGCUCACAUCUACUUGCGCCUUCGUGAGGGCGAUACCUGGGAGAAUAUCCCAGAGGAACUGCUGACCGACUUGGCCCAGCUCACUAAGGCCAACUCGAUCGAGGGGAACAAAAAGGAUAACAUCACCAUCAUCUACACCCCCUGGUCCAACCUUAAGAAAGAUGGAAGCAUGGCUGUGGGCCAGGUCAGCUUCAAGGACAACAAGAAGGUUAAGCGGAUACUCGUCCCCCAACGGGAGAACCCGAUCGUCAACCGACUCAACAAGACCAAAGUCGAGCAGUACCCGGACCUGAAGCAAGAGAAAGACGACCACUUGCGGGAGCUGCGCAAGAAGGAUCAAGCGACACAGCUGGAAAGGCGAAAAGAAGAGGCACGCAUCGCCAAAGAGCGCAAGGAGAAGAAAUGGCAGAAGGACCACGCGUACGACGACAUUUUCACCGAGGAGAACAUGGAAGCGACGAGCAACCAGAACCGGGACGAGAACUGGGAGGAUGAUUUCAUGUAG